UUCUGGUGUGCAGACUGCAGAGAAAAAUUUGCACAGAGAGAGAGAGAAUGGGAGGGAAGAAACCUGGAGGCGCGGCGUACAACCUGCUCAUGAAAUGGGCAUCACCUGCGAUGAGGGAGAGAAAGACGUUUUCAAACAAAAUGGGCAAAGAUGAGUACGUGGUGACCCUCCAUCCCGAUAGCGAAGCCAAAUACGACGAGAUGGUCCGGCGACAGAAGAUUGUGAAGAGAUUCGGUGAGAUUUCCGUUGCUGCUUCCACCUACGACACAGGAAAAGGGUUUCUGAAAGGGGUUUUAUCACUACUGAGGAAAGGGCCGUCUAAAACGGCUGAGGGGCUCAAAUAUGCUAUGUUUGGCGCUAGCAAAGCUACAGAGAUGGAGAAAGACAUCAUUCGCUAUCACUCCUAUCUCCUCCUGAAAGAUCUGCACGCAGCUAAAUGUGGGGAGGACAAAACCAAAGGGCUCUACCCUCAGGCGACAAAGUUCGUAGCUAAAGGAAAUGCCCAGAACGGUUCGACUUCCAGCUCAGACUCCGAUUCCGACUCCGGAAACGGAAAUGGAAGUGGAAUCGGAGGUUGGCCUGACUUGCUAAAAUAGAUCCGUGGUGAUCUCCGGCGUACUGACGGUGACUCAGGAAGUGGGAGUACGGGUGAGGAGGCAGUAGUUGCGUACGGUUAAUUUAUUUAAGUUAGGAGUGGUUUAUCCAUCAUCUUUACUGUACUUGGACUUAUUUUGGACUCCGUCGUUAUUUUCUUUUUAUCUGCUUUUCUUUUUAUGCAUUAUCUGUUCUGUUCUGUUUGUUUACGAUCGAUUGCUGGUUUAAUUCUCUUAUGCAUAUUCGUUGUUGGGUUGUCCUUUUAAAUUUUGAUUUUGGUUGAUUAC